AUGCUACAAAAAUGCCAACACUGGGCCUUACCAUCGUGCCCUGUCCUUCUGACCAAAGCUGGUGUUCGCCUAACGCCCGCUGCUCGAUGCGACCAUACAACCUUACCGGACCAGAUGGUUACGACUAUACUUGCACUUGCAAGCAUUAUUGGGUGCCAGCAAUCUGGGACAGUCCAUCGGGCCGAACUUGCAUCUGUAGGUUCAAUUUGCAUGGAUAAAUCCGGACUGGCUUUUCUAUAA